CGAUGGAGGGGAGCACCGGGGAUGUUCCUUACCCGAUUCCUGCAGGGCUGCUCCUCCUCCUCCUCUGCCCCUGCGCUGUGUCGCACCGCAUCGCUUCGCUUCGCAGCUAUGGUGUUCCGCCGGUUCGUGGAGAUCGGGCGCGUGGCCCUCAUCAACUACGGCCCCCAGCAUGGCAAGCUGGUCGUAAUUGUCGACGUCAUUGACCAGAACCGGGCGCUCAUCGACUCCCCGGACAUGACCCGCACUCAGAUCAACUUCAAGCGCCUCUCUCUCACUGAUAUUACCAUCCCUGACCUCUCCCGCACCCCCUCGAAGAAGGUGCUCAAGGAGGCCUAUGCCAGCGCCGAGGUCGACCAGAAGUGGGCCAGCAGCGCUUGGGGCAAGAAGCUCGCCGUGCGUGCCAAGAGGGCUAGCUUGAACGAUUUCGACCGGUUCAAGGUUAUGGUGGCGCGCGUGAAGAGAAGCUCUAUUGUUCGUCGGGAGCUUGGAAAGUUGAGGAGGGAAAAGGCUUAGGUCUGUUGGACACCUGGCGGAUUGUUAUUUGUGGGCUUAGAGGGACAGCCUUUUGCCAAAUACAUGAGAGUGCAUCAAGCUAUCCAGAAUACUAUUUUCUCCACAUUCUUUCAAUAGAGUCAGCAAUCAUUCUUUGAAAUUUAAGAGUACUUACAUAUUUAUAUUAGUAAUUACUUAGAUUAGAGGAGGUAGGUGGAAGUAAGUAGAAGCAAAUAAAUUUAAUAAUAUCUUAUGGAGAAGCUUCUUAGAAGCUCUAUAGAUGUUGAUUUGACCUUCUAAGUGGUAGGUAAUUGAUAGGUCAAAAAUUAGACCAACAAGUUUCACAUGUUGUACAUAUUAACCAGUUGUUUCUUAGAUUAUGUUGUACAUGUUGGUCACUUGUAUAAGUUGUCACAUAUAUUGAAAACUUGCAUUGCAAGUUAGACUCA